GUUCAUUAUCUUCCGUUGCCUAUUGACUUGGUAUACAUAUCUGCUCAGGGGUCGUUUUGUAUAUACUCCUGGGUAAUAUAGAAAAGCGAUCUGUGAAUAGCAUCACGUAGACACUUUAGAUAUUAUUACCAUCCUUCUGCAUUUAUAUAGGAAGGUUGAUAGUAACUGACUUUUUGAGUCUGCUAUUUAUUUAUUGUAUUGAUCGUUGGUAUCUAGAUACAAGAUGUCUGGCCACUUGGUUUGCAAAUCGGGCUUUGGCCUCGGCAAGGUUGCCAAAUUGAUGUUGGCUUCCGUUGUUGUACUUAGUGCCUUCAGUGGUAACGUUUGGGCUAACGAAGCUGAGGUACCUCAGGAACCCGUUGAGAAAAAGAAGGAGGGUGGUAAGGGUUCGUGGUUUUGGAAAAAGGGUGAUUCAGAGAAGGAGGAUUUGCAAAAAUUGCCUCCCAAAAACAUCCCAUCAAUCACCACCUCGAGUAAUACAGAAAAGACACCACUGAAGGACUUUUCUGUUACGCUUGGACCUGCCAAGAGGUGUUGUGCUCCUUGGUUAAAGAAGGGUGAAGUUGAUCUUUCUAUGUUGAAGGACCGCAUUAGUUUAUUGUUGCACAGAGUAACUAAUUAUGGUCCGGAAACGCCUGGAUUUGGAAUUUCUGAGAACAUUGUGGAGCUGUUCAACAAUAAAGGCACCAUUGUGGUACCAGAAGAUAUUGCAAGGGAUCUUUGUCGUUUGCGUUCAGGCACAGUCAUGUUAUGUGAAUGGAAAUGCUUCACCGACGAGUUUGCAAGGUACAUAGCUGAAAUGCUAACAGUGAAUGCCUAUGGUGAGCUGCCGAAAACAAGGAACGAAAUGAAAAAAUUUACCAAAUCUUUAGGUACUAAACAAGCUAACGAUUACUACAAAAGCAGACUUGAUACAUAUAGGACAAUUAGAAAACACAUCUCAUCCUCAUUGGGACAUAAGCCAAACUUUGAUGCACCGAGUAAACAGAUGGAAUCAGACACAAAAGGAUCCACAGCUGAGACUCCAUCAACUGAUGCAUCUGCAUAAGAGUGAAAAAUCUCCAUAUUGGAUGGUAUCGACUGCAAAGUGUCAUGUAUUAGAACCCUAUAUGCCCAUUUACAAUGUCCAAGUUCGCAGAGUCUAGGAGGUCACUUCUGUCAAACAUUGAGCUGCUGCAACGAUUAUUCGCAAUUGGAUGAAACCAAUAACGAUUAUUGCGUACAAAUUCUAUACUAGGGCAAAACGUGAAUAGACCUCCCCAAUAGAAUAUAGUGGCAGACAUGGCAAUUGACAAGUAAAGCACUACA